AAAACUCCGUGAACAAUCACCGGCCGGGUCAGUCAAUCCAGAGCGUUCUUACUUGUUAUGUUGUUGUUAAUACGCUAAAUUACGUUUUUUAUUUCACAUCCCAUAUAAGAAACUCAAGUCAAUCUUGAGAUAAAAAAAAAUUAAGCCGGUUCUGCGAAUAUUUGAAUAAAAUACCCGGGUUGAAGAUAGAAAAAGGAGUCAAAUGACGAGAAGACAGUGAAGAAGGCGAUCUUUCAACAUCCAAUUUCAAUAUCACAGUUAAAUAGAUGACUUUAUUAAAUUAUAUUUUUAAUUACAUGUGUAAAAUUACAAUAUCAAGGUGAUAUUUAAGUGCUGUGAAUAAAAAUCGAUCUGCCGCAAGUCUGACAGUGUGAAAAUCCAUCGGAAAAAAAGACGUCAGACCAUCCAAGAAAGUUUCUGCAGAUAGAAAGAUUCCAAAGAAGGCCUUCACGAGAACCCAGUAUCGAGAAGAGGAAAAAGAUUUUUUUUCGGGAGAAGAAAAAUUAAUAGAGGCAACGAGAAAUCAUCUGUGGAGUCAAUUUGCUGUGUUAAAGACAGAGGGCACCAAGAAUCAAACCAAGAUUUUCAAUAUUGUUGAAAGACCAAUGAAAAUGGAGGUGUUGUCAGUACAAAGUAUGUUUCAAAGGGAGUUCGGUCCAACUAAAUUGGAUGUCAAAGACUGGAUCAUACCAUUGCAACCACCCACUGCAAACCAUCAACAGUCACAGGAGCAACACGAGGACGCCUUGCAGGCCCUAUCGUUGCGUCUACAGAAUGAACUAAAGUCGGCCAAGAGUCGACACUUAGCGUGCACAGAAGUUCUCCUGCCGGCUGACCUUCUGCGACGUGUGGCAUCUGAGAUGCUGACCAUGUCCGAGAAGGAACCAUGUGGUAUUCGUGGCUGUACAAUUUUCAUAGAAUUUGAGGAAGAGCCUAGCAAUUCAAGACGAAUUGCAACCCUCAAGGCAGAUCCUAGUACAGUAUCAACAUUUGAGCUUUACUUAACACUCAAACAUGAUAGGAGUGGUUGGACAUCAAUAUUGCCACAAUUUUUAAAGAAUUUGGCACGUGGAAGUACAAUAAUGAUAAGUCCAGAUUUUAAUUUAACAAAGAACAAAUUGUAUCGUUCCUUCAGUGAGUAAAAACAAAAACACAUCAUUUACGUUAUCGUUAACGUUCACUUAUCAUAUGGGGAUGAGUUCUUGACAAAAGUUUUUUUUGGAGAGAACGCAAUGGGCGCCAUCAUGUGAAUUUUAUCGUGCUGUUUUAUUGAAGGGUGCGUAUGCGACCCCAUACGCACCUAGGGGACCCACAACUUUGUGGACCCUGAAUGAUUUUGCGGGUUAGGAGUCAGAGAAAACAUACACACAUUGACGAUAUGGAGAAACAAUUUACAAAAUACAGUGAAAAAAACAAACAAAUUUUUGUGAGAAUUUUGCAUGCAUAUUAUCUACAUAGAAGUGGAACCUAUCGUAAUAAUCUUAAGAUAUAUUAAAGAAAAACAAAACUUAUAUAUGCAAGAAUAUGAUCUUAUUUUGUGCAAGAGUGAAAGAGGAGGAUGGAAAACAAUAUUCAUAUUUAGUAGGAUCGAUAUUAUUUAUCCAGAAAACAAAUUUGAUAAUAUUUCUCCCUUGAAUGGAGAAACCUCUAAAAUAGGUCCCUGAUUUUUUUUUAAAUAACUUUUUUUAUAAUUAUUGCUUUCAAAGGCGAUAGAGUCGCAUUUUUUUUACAGACAAAUACUUACUAAAGUAUAGUAUUUGAGAUGAGAGUGGUAGGGUUUGAAAACAAUUUUUUCGGGAUAUUUGGAAAGAAGCAAUACAACUCCUCGGAGAUGCUCUUAGUCAUCCCUAAAGUAUUAUUGGAUAAAUGUAGGUGGGCAACUCAGAGUCUGAGGAGUUAGCAGAGAUGAUUGUGUAGAAAUUCUACAUCUUAAUGAGUUGAUUGCAAUUAAUAAUGGAACAUCACUGAAUCUUUUUACAGUCUUUCUGUAGUUUUUUUUUCUCAAAACCCUCAUUGUUCUGUAUACUCACAAUCAUCUCUCUGUAUUUUCCAAUUGUAUUUAAAAAAAAAAAUGUUUUCAAUGAAGAUGAAAGAAAACACUAUUGUAAACUCACAAUAUAAAAAAAAACUAAGUGUAUUUAAAUUGAUGUAAUAACAUUGUAGUAGUUAUUGCAUACAGAAUAUGCUCGAAAUGGAAUAUAUUGCUGAGAAUCUAUGAUAAUGUGAAGAAUACAUUGUGAUCGGGGUUCGAGAGAGAGACUUUACAUCUCAGUUUAUUAUUUUUUGUAAUUGCGAUUUAAACUUUCUUUACUAUCCCCAAAAUACCCCCUUUAUAUCGAUAAGAUUUUAUUUUAGCAAGCAUCGUUGACAUUCCGACCCUUGACAGUUGAUUCAAAUUGAAUAACUGUCACAGAUCAUGUCAAUUUGAAUUCAAAUUGACAUAACCUGUCAAAGGGCUUCGGAAUGCCAGGUGCACCUUAUCCCCACCAAAAAAGAGCACUUUUGAGAGCAAUGUUUGGAGAGAAAAAUCUUUUUAAACACAUAAAAAAAUUUAGAGGCUAAUUCAGAUUUUUUGAAAACAAAAAAAAAUAUUGCAAUAUCUGAAGACAAAGAUUCUUCAUUUCUAAACUAUUCAACAAUUUAAAAAAAAAACUCCUCCAAUGACGUGUUUGUUUAAAUUGAAAAUUUGCUGGCAUAAAAGAAAAACAAAAAAAUAAAUGUGAUCCAAUUAAAGUUCAAAUAUUUCUAACUGUUAAUGAGAAAACAAAAAAACGUGCGCGAUUCUGAAAGUAUAAAAAAAAAACAAAAACAAAAAUUUGAAAAAUCGUGUCUUUUGUAAGUUCUUGUACUCGAUUCCCUUUGAAAUGGGGUUCAAUCCCCUUUUUUUAUCUGGUCAUCAAGUCAUCCUUUUAUCACCAUUUUUUAUCACCCCCUCAAUGAUCAUAACCUCUCUUUUUUCGGGAGACAUGCUAAUCAUUCAGUUUUAAUUUUUUUUUUGUUUUCAUGUCUCGAGAGGAAAGAAAAUUUGUUAUUUAUUUAAAUUCCUGAUCACAAUACGAGUUAUCCCACCAUGUGAUUAAUAAACAAGUAGAUGUGUAAGUGAUUUUAUAUGAUAAAAAAAACAUGAUAAAAAUCUUAGUAUUACAACAAAGUGGAAUUAACAUGAAAGCAGGAUGAAGAAGAAAAUCUUACAAGAUUUCUUAGAGGAUAUUAAGUGUAUGAAUGUGUGUGCUAUUCUCUAUGGAUUAAUUAACAAAGAAUAAACGUUUGAAGUUUGCGUUUUGUAAAAUCCCUAUAGUUUUUUUUCUAAUUGUCUUUUACAAUGACAUUUUUUUUUUUGUAAAAAUAAAAACGCAAGAGAAGCGUUUUUUUAUUAAUAAUUGUCGGAGACGAAUUCAUGGAGAAGAAAUUUGCAGAAGUUUUUCUUUCAAGUACAAUAUCUGUCUGAUCUGUAGUGAACAGUCAGGCAGAAAAGUCAAUUUAAUACAAGACACUUGUAUUAUAAUUGAUAUUGAUGAUUUUAUUGAUAAUGUAUUUGAUAUACUAUAUUUUUUAAGAUUAAAGAAAAAAAAGAAAGUAUGUAUUAAUAGGACGUAGGAAGCAAAACGUGAUCAAAAUCAGUUGUUGAUUUCCCUUAUCAAUCACACUUUUUCCACAUGCAGGCUAUUUUUGCGCAAUAUGACUCAGGAUCGUGUUGUCGGGCAGUGACAGAAAUUGAGAUAAAAUUAUCCAAAUUUAAUCCCUGUCUGCAAAGACAGACAAUUAAAAAUUCUUUUUCUUCAAAAUCGAUACAAAAUGAUCGAACGGCGCUGAUUUCGUGAAAAUAUUUCAUCAAAUUGUCACGACACUAAAACUGACAGAUGUCAAACUAAAUGACUUUGAGAACAGUUUUAAAUAUAAAAAUCCAAACGAAUAUUUUAAAUCAAUUUCUAUAAACUGCAAUCCGACUUUGAACAGUUUCUCAAAACUUAAAAAACAAUGGAAAUCAAAACUGAAGACAUUUCUUAAUAUAAAGCAAAAGAAAAAACAUAUUUCAGUAUUUUAAUUUCUUUCACAAAUGCCAUUUUGCUUUAAACCUUUAAACAGUUUCUGCUGUAUUCUCUGCAAAAUUUUCUUCUCGAUUAUCUCGCGAAGAUUAGUCUUUCUUUAUCAAAGCAAUGCAAAAUAGAUUUCACCAACUAAAAAAUUUCUUCCUUUUUCAAAUUUAUACGCAGAUUAUUUUUCAUGUAUAAUUAAGACAAAAAAAAAAAACAAAAAAAUGUAUUUAACGAAAACAAAACAAAUAUAAUUGUGAGAAUUAAAAAAAAAACUUGAAAAAAUGAAUAAAAAAAGUGAUAGUAUAUUUCGUGAUAAUAUUUAAGGAAUAUUGAUUCAAAGAAAAAAAAAUAUCAAGAGGUACGAUGGAAAUACUUGAAGAAGAGAAAGAAGAUUUGAAGAUGCGAAAAAGCCACCGUGAGUAAUUUUCAAAUUACAGAAAUUACAAAUUUUUGCAUUACCAGUCAGGUUAUUGAAUUGCGGUGAAGAAUAUGCUACUCGUAUGCAAAAAAAGAAGAAAUAAUUAAACAAAAUAACUCCUUUCACAUAAAUAUAGAAUAUUGGACAAUGAAUAUAAAUUCACUCAAUAACUACCCCCUUACAUUGCAUGUGUCACAUAAUAAUGGAUGUCAAAAUGGAAAAUAACAUUUAAAAAAAGAAUAUAAUUGUAAAACGUAGUAGAAAUUGAGAAAAAAUACCCUAAAGAUUAUCCUUCAGCAAGAGAAAAGCCCAAAUUUUCCGAGUUCACACCUUUUUGAAAAAGUAAAAAAAAAAAAUGAAUCAGUAAGCCGACACCUUUCUCUUUUUUUGAUAAUAAUUAUAAGAAAAAAGAUGAAAUAUAUAUUACGUGUUUGAUCAAGUCUAACAUAUUGUGAUUUUUAAUAUUAUGUAUACAUUACAAAUUAAAAAUAUUUUACUUUUCUUCACCAUCAAAACCCACUGGGCUUUGAGGAAAAUGGACAGAGAAAAGGAAAAUCCACAUUUUCAAUAUAUUUCAGAAUUUAUUCGUGAGAUCUUACUUUUUUGUAAUAAUUUUUUUUUAUUUUCAAAUUACAAAUGUAAAGAUAUUUUAAGUAUUUUCUCUCGAUUAAUGAUAUAAAAGAAAUACAAAAAAAUCAAGUUUCUAUGAAUCGAACGAAUUAUUUAUAAUUAUAGAUUUUUUAUAUAUAUGUACUAAGAAUGAGAAAAAAUUGACAAGAAAAAAAACCACAAAAAAGAUAUGCUGACAAAAAAGGAAAAUAAUAAACAAAAAAAAAUCAAUACAGAGAUUUUUAUAAUAAUAAAGUGAUUCAAAAAUGAA